AUGACUCCCCCAAGAGCGUUCGAUUUCGCUGGGGAUGUAGCCAUGGUGUCUGGAGCUGGUUCACGAAUGCCAGGCGAAAUUGGCAAUGGUCGAGCAACCGCAGUCCUGCUUGCCCGUCACGGGGCUAAAGUAGCCCUUCUUGAUAACAACCCGGAGUGGGCACAAGAGACAAAACGGAUGAUCGACCGGGAAGGCGGGAUCUCUGAGGUCAUUCAGACGGAUGUCACAGACGAAGAGUCGUGCAAAAUCGCGGUGGAAAAGACUGUCCAGUUAUUCGGGGCUGUCCACAUACUCGUGAACAUAGUCGGAGUUGGUGGCGUCCUAGGUGACGCCACAAAGCUCGAUCUACCCGGUUGGGACCGUGACUUCCGUAUCAAUGUGGCCAGCAUGGUACUCAUGUGUCGACACGCCAUCCCUGAGAUGCGGAAGUCUGGUCGUGGCGCCAUAGUAAACAUGUCUUCCGUGAGUGGGAUCAUGGGAGGCAACCCAAGCCUGCUUUAUGCCACGAGCAAGGGUGCCAUUAUCCAAAUGACGAGAGCCAUGGCAGUUCAUCACGGGAAAGAGGGCAUCCGAGUGAAUUGUGUAGCCCCUGGAAUGGUGUAUACACCCAUGGUAAGGAGUCGUGGCGGUGGGAUGUCUGAUGAGAUGAGACAGGCGAGGAUUGAUCAGAACCUCCUUGGGACGGAGGGCACCGCGUGGGAUGUUGGGUAUGCGACGCUAUUCCUGUGCAGCAAAGAAGCGCGGUGGAUCACCGGACUGACCAUGCCCGUGGACGCUGGGACAACCGCCGGCCGUCCUGAUCGCCCAGCCUUGGAAGAGGACACACUUGUCAAGCAACAGCCUCAUGGGUCGGGUCAAAAGUCGAGGCUGUAA